AUGGAGCUGCCCUGGGUGCUGCUGGCGCUGGCUGGGAUGGGCACAGCCGCGGACCUGGCCCGGCUGCCCUACGUGCCCCAGGUGCCCCCCACGGCCCUGCUGGGCAAGGUCACCGCCACCACCUUCGCACUGGAGAGGCCCCGGGGCGUCUUCGACGGCCACGCCGAUGCCUCCGACGCCGUCUGGCUGGCGGUGGCCUUUGCCAACGCAUCAGCCACCUUCAGAAACCCCCCGUCCCGGGCUGACGUGCCCCCGUACAAGCAGCUGCCCACCGCUCGCUCCUACAUGACGCUGGAGACGGCGGCGGCCGAGUAUUCGUGCUCGGCACCGAGCUGGCCCGUCCUGCGGGUCGGGAGCGACACGGCGUGCAGGGACCAGGGCAGACAGGACCCCUGCAAUGGGCCCCUGCCCUCGCCGGGACCCUACAGGGUGAAGUUCCUGCUGAUGGGCUGCAGCGGCCCCAAAGCCGAGACGCGGUGGUCCGAGCCCAUCCUCCUGCGCAGAGCCGUCAGCCCGAGCGCCAUCGACGCCGCGCCCGCUCGCCGUGGCACCGCCGUGGUGGUGAUCGCCUCCAUCCUGGCCAGCCUGGGGGCCGUGCUGGCCACCGCCGUGCUCGGAGCCCUGGGUGCCAAGGUGUGGGGCUCCCUGUGCCACCGGGAUUUGGGGACCGACGCCUUCAUCCGCAGAUCCUACCGGACCCACCACAUCCCCCCGGCCCUGCCCCAGCCCCUGCACCCCGGCUGCCGGUGCAGCCCCCCAGGGCUGUGCCGCUCUGACCCCCGACCCCCUGCUCCGUGUCAGAGAACCGUGGAACAGUUUGGGCUGGAAGGAACCAUCAAGACCACCUCGUUCCAACCCCCCUGCCACGGGCAGGGACACCUCCCACUAGACGUGAACUGUCCUGCCAAGUAA